CUCUACAGUCUACAACCCUGGCCACACGGCGACCUACGAUUUAAGAUGCUACACAUGCAGUCUGCCACGUUUGACAGUAGUCUUUGCUAGGUCAUCCUAAACCCUAGGCGAUAACCUGUCAAUUACAUAUUUGGGCCUUCGAAGUAAAUCCGGUCGAACGUCAAGUCACAAGAAAAACAACUGAGCUCAGCCCUUUGCGUUAGCGUGUAUGACUCACCACUGAGGUCACAUGUCCAUUUGACCAAGAGCCAAAAAAUUGACAUUUCCUUCAGGAAGCUUGCGGUGACUACCGAACAUUUGGGUCGCGUGUUCCCGACCUGGACUAGCCGAGCCGUUAGACUUGUGUUUUCCCGCCGUGCUAGAUGCAUUGCUGGGAGUGGGACACCUUCAGUGCCAUCGCCCUAGCUGAGAGCCGUGGAGCGUACCGCGCCCUCAGGUAACACGAGGCCAAACUGCAGCCUGCAGUCUAAAUCUGGUUUCAUCACCAUGCCUUCUACCAUGGGGAGGGUACUAGGUACCCUCGUCUGGCCCUUCGAGGCCAUAUGCUUCAUGCUGAUGCGCUUGUAUGACGUCGGCAUGUACAGGCCUAUCCAGACGAUCACCGCUCCCGUCGUCAGGCUCAUCCCGCGAACCCUCACCAUCGGCGGGAAGAAGCGCGUGGUCUUCUCGGCAAACAUCGUCACCUGGUCACGAACGAUCCUCGUCAUCCCCGUCGCGGUCUGCCUGAAGAUCGGGCAGCCGACGGCGGCGUUCUGGCUGGUCAUCCUGCACGACUACCUGGACCACGUGGACGGGAUCGUGGCGCGGGUGCACCGGGACGUGUACGGUCCCGUCGACGACCCGAUCCUCGGCGGCUUCAUGGACGCCUUCUGCGACAAGAUCGUCAAUUGCCUCGCCCUCUGGAGCAUCCUCCUCGUCACCGACUACGGCGGCAUGACAGCCCUGCAGUCCUCGGUGCUGAUCGCCUCCUGUGCCGCAGUCAUCUUGUACGAGUUUACGAUCGGUGUGGUCAGAGUGCAGGACUACUUUCACGCCUACUACUCCCGGGAGUUCGGGAAAGCCAACCCUCACGGGCAGAAGUCCUCGGCAGACAGUACUAAAGCCGCGAUGGAGGGCAAGACGAAGGAGAAGCUGGAGUCACUUGGGAUCGCCUUCCUGUGUCUCGCCCAAGGCGCGGAGGUGCCUAUGGACCACUGGGGCGGUACUGCCGGGGUGGUGUGCCUGGUCCUCUGUAUCCGCUUGGCUCACGCCAGCCUGGACAGGAAGCUGAAGGCACGCCGGGUCCUGGAGAAGACCGACCGCCACGACGGUCACGGCGGCGGUCUGAAGAGGAUCGAGUCGGCACCUCCCGGGGAAAUGGAGAGGAUAGAGUCCCUCCACAACUACAACCUGCGCGCGAGAGGUUCUCAGGCUACAGCCGAAGAAAAGGGCGGGAAACACGGCGACCACAUCCAGGACACCCUCGGUCUCGCCGAUCCAGUCGACGCGGUGUUCACCGUCGGCUGUUUCGACCUCUUCCACACGGGGCAUAAGGUCUUGCUCCAGCGCAUGCGCAAGAUGGGGCGCAAGGUGGUAGUGGGAGUCCACGACAGCGCCAGCAUCUACAAAAACAAGCGGCGCAUGCCCAUAGAGAGCACGGAGACCCGCAUGCGCAACGUCAAGGUGUACGCUGACGUCGUGUUCUGCAUCGCGUCCGCCGACCCCACCGACUACAUCGAGUGCAUCGUCGACAAGAAGGCGGGAGGAACCGCCAUGUACGUCCGCGGAGACGACUGGCCGUCCUUCCCGGGCAUGAAAGCCGUGGAGAGGUUGAUGCCCAUACGCCUGCUGCCCUACACCCCCGGAGUCAGUUCCACUCAACUCCGCAAGAGGGUGUCCGUGUGCGACGCAGAUGCUGUGGAAGACAACCAUCGCGACAUCUUUUAUUGAUCACCCUGUUCCAUAUCAGACUCUUAAGAUUAUGAAUGCCUUUCAACUUUAACAAGUGAUUGAAAAAGUAAUCAAAGGUCAGCCGAAUCAUUUAUAUAAUCUUUUGAAAAUGUCAAGAUUCCGUUUUGAAAUUUAACCUCAAUCCGGAACUGAAAACGUCAUUAUAACUGUUAUGGCUUAUCUAAAUGAGGACCUCAUUUGCAUUAUGUAUGAGGAAAUGCUAAAAUAGCCUUCUUUGUUAAGACUGGUAUUGGGUGGAGAAUAUGAUAAACUGAUAUAAUUCAUGCAGGUGAGGAUCUCAUUCGCAUAAUCAAUGAGAAACAUUUACAAUUCGUUGGUUGUAAAGGUUAAUUAAAUGAAACAUAACUUGGUGAAGGUAU